AAUUCUGCCUCCCAUCUGCGCUCGACCGCCCCAACACAGCUUCAAUCAAGAGACGGGGGAUAUGGCAGAGGGCACAACUCUCUGAGGGCUUCAAAAGCCGCACCGGACGGGUCGAAACGUGGUAUCACUGAAUCGACACGCGUCCGCGUCAUGUCCUAGGCAAGCAGGCGCAACGUUGGCACGAGGCAGCGGCAUGCCCUCGGUGCGGCCCUCUGCCGCGCUGCGGCGAUGGAGGCUUUUCUGACCCUUUGCCUUCGAUCUUGUUGGUACUUAAGCCCCUUGGCCGAUCUGGGGAGUGUCUUACUACAUUACACCCAUCAUACACAUCCGUCUCAUCGUCAUCGCCACCCAUCUUGCUCUCACUGAUCUACUGAUCAAGACUUUGCGAUCUUCUUGAACGUCUUAUAUCUUCGUCUUUGACGGUACUUCUCGAACAAACCUGCACACGUAAACGCAAGCAUGGACUACGACAUGGACGUUUCUCCCAUUGCUGGGCCGCUGGUCGUUCCCCACACGCACAACUACGAGGACGUGGGGCGCAUGAUCCCCUUCGGCUCCGAUGUCGACCUCUGCUCUCUGCUGACUGCCAUGUCGCUCGAGCGAUCCAAGGAUCCUCAAGCGCGGCUUUCUGCGUUCGCCCGACACGAUCAGGACCAGGCCGGGGACGCACCUCCACACGGGAUCACCACCGCCCCGAGCGGCGCAAACGCUCGCAUGCCCCCGUCGGACGACCCGGCGGGGGGCUACCUCUCCGAUACCUCGGAGGCAUCAGCGCGCUCGAGCUCAAGCUCCGCCUACGGGUCGUCCUCGCAGCCCAUUCCCCAGCCUACAUCGCCGCCGGCGCAGGAGGCGCUGCCCUCGUCCUCCAUCGUCGCGCCGCGUCCGGCAGGCCCGGCUCCAUGCCCGUUCCUCCAGUCCACCCUCGCUUCCCUCGCGCCCGCCCCUGCGUACCCCGCCGUCGAGCCCUACCCUGCCCGCCCGCAGGGCGAAGCGCGCACGCACGCGCAGGAAGAAGGGAAAGGGAAAGGGCUGGCGACGACGAACGGCGCGUACCUUGAUACGCUCCUCACGCACCGCGCGCUGCUCGGCGCGUUUCCACCCGCCCAUGCGGGGUGCGGCGACGCGUUACGCGAGAUCGCGAGGGAGGUCGAGGUGCGCGCCUGGCGCGCAUGGGACGGCGAGUGGCGCCCCGACUGGGACGGGGAUGCUGAGGCGGUCGCGGCGUUCCGCCAGGAAGCGUUUUUGGUUGAUACGUGGGUCGUUGAGAGCCGGGCUAGGUGCCGGUGAUUGGGUUGGGGGUGAUAUGUAUUGAUAACGGUAUUGAUAAGUGGAUGCGGACGGGCGGACGGGUUUCCGUUGCGUUUUGGACAUGUGUAUUUGGUAGUUAC